AUGGGGAACCAAGGGAGUUCCCUGACCGAUAUGAAUCUUUUCUCCAAAGGUGCAGUCUUCACUCGGGAACAACUGGAUGAAUAUCAGGACUGCACCUUCUUCACGAAAAAGGACAUAAUUCGACUGUACAAACGGUUCUAUAAUCUAAGUCCGCAUAAGGUACCGACAAACAUGCAAGGCAGCCGUCCAUCAAUCGUCACCCUCUCAUAUGAGGAAAUCGAAAAAAUGCCCGAAUUACGAGAGAAUCCUUUUCGACGACGUAUUUGCGAAGUUUUCUCAGAGGAUGGCCGUGGCAACCUUACAUUUGACGACUUUCUCGAUAUGUUCUCGGUGUUCUCUGAGGCUGCACCACUUCAGCUAAAACUGAAAUAUGUCUUUCUGGUAUUGUAUGGGUGA